AUCUCCGAGCGCAGUUGCAGGUUUUAGUAGGCCAGCUAUUAACCAACGCCGCCCUGCAUGAAACAUAAACGUCAUUAGGUGCUUCAUCAUAAUCGAUUGAGCUUAUUAGCAGGGCUUUGAAAUCCCGCCUCUUAAAAAAAUAAAAUAAAAUAAAAACAACAACACAAUACAGUCCCCCAUCAUUUAAAAAAAAGGCAGCCAUGGCUACUAGGAGAAUCGUCGCCACAGAAAAGUCCAUCCUGGAAAAGGAUGAUCACAUCGGAUCCAGCCCUGCCGCAGGCGAAAAGUCCAACAUCACGCCCGCAGUGCCCCUAGAUGUCAUCCUCAAGCUGUUGGCAUUCACGCUUGCCAUGGUCGUCAUCCCGAUCGGCUCCUACUUUGUCACUGUGAACUCGAUAUUCAAAGGAAACUCAACCUACGCCGGCGCUCUGGCCGCCAUCAUGGCCAACGUUGUCUUGGUUGCGUACGUCGUCGUGGCCAUGAACGAGGACCAGACCGAGCAGGAAAAGGCAAAGGAAGGCAAGAAGGAUCGUUGAUUUAGGUUCCUCUACAAGGCAGGAAAUCCAUACAUUGCCUACCUAGACACCCCAAGGUACCUACUCGUGCAAAGAAAUGGACACGUGCUGCUUACUCGACGGGACCAAGGCUUGAUCUUUUUGCUUCCCCCCAGCUUAGGUACUCCAUGAUCGGUGUCUUGCAAUCUUAUUCGACUGAAUAAUAUUUCUUAUCUUGACUGCUCAUGCGUCAGGGAACUGCAGCUCAGGAGGUUGUUUCGAACUGUUCAACCCUUGUCGUCCACGCCAGGGAAACAAAACGAAACAAACAAACCCGAUAACUGGGCAUGCAAGGAGGCACUUGUGACUGGUAUGCCGAGUAUGUUGACAGCACUACCUGGCCAUCUGACGGCAUAGCAAGGGAGAGCUAGACAUGGGACAUAUUUUCAAUCAAGAUAAUUUCUCUAUUUUAAGCACCAAUAUAUAAAAGCAUCAUUCAUGUACG